AUGGCGGACAAGAAGGUAGUGGUGGUGUUUGGAGCCACCGGUGCCCAGGGGGGCUCAGUGGCCCGGACUCUCUUGGAAGAUGGGACAUUCAGGGUUCGGGCUGUAACCCGGGACCCUGGGCAGAAGGCCGCAAAGGAACUGAGGCUACAAGGUGCAGAAAUAGUGCAGGGAGACCAGGAUGAUGAGGCCAGUAUGAAACUGGCCCUGAGUGGAGCUCACGCCACCUUCAUCGUGACCAACUACUGGGAGAACUGCAGCCGGGAGCAGGAAGUCAAGCAGGGAAAGCUGCUGGCCGAUUUGGCCAAGCGCCUGGGCCUUCACUACGUGGUGUACAGCGGCCUGGAGAACAUCAAGAAGCUGACGGCGGGGGGGCUGGCGGCAGGCCACUUUGAUGGCAAAGGAGAGGUGGAGGAAUAUUUCCGGGACAUCGGUGUUCCCAUGACCAGCGUGCGGCUGCCCUGCUACUUCGAGAACCUCCUCUCCUUCUUCCUACCCCAGAAAGCCCCGGAUGGAAAGAGCUACUUGCUGAGCUUGCCCAUGGGUGACAUACCCAUGGAUGGCAUGUCCGUUGCUGACCUGGGCCCUGUGGUACUCAGUCUGCUGAAGAUGCCAGCAGAAUACAUCGGCCAGAACCUUGGGCUCAGUACCUGCAGGCACACAGCGGAGGAGUAUGCCGCCCUGCUCUCCAAGCACACUGGGAAGACCGUGCACGAUGCCAAGACAACCCCUGAGGACUAUGAGAAGCUUGGCUUCCCUGGCGCCCAGGACCUGGCCAACAUGUUCCGUUUCUAUGCCUUGAAACCCGACCGCAACAUCGAACUGACCCUGAGGCUCAACCCCAAGGCCAGGACCCUGGAUCAGUGGCUGGAGCAGCACAAAGAAGACUUUUCCAGGUUGUGA